ACAAUUCUCGUCUUAAACCAGCCUUCAGCCCCCCUUUGGCAUUGCAUCUUCUUCUAAGAAGCUUCAUAGAAAAAUAUGGCCACCUCUGCCAUCCAACAGUCUGCCUUUGCCGGCCAGCCUGCCUUGAAGCAGUCCAAUGAGCUCGUCCGGAGGGUUGGCGCUGUCGGUGGCGGCCGCUUCACCAUGCGCCGAACUGUCAAGAGUGCUCCACAAAGCAUAUGGUACGGCCCAGACCGCCCAAAAUACUUGGGACCAUUCUCUGAACAAACACCAUCUUACCUGACUGGAGAGUUCCCUGGUGACUACGGAUGGGAUACGGCCGGUCUAUCAGCAGAUCCCGAGACUUUUGCGAAGAACCGUGAGCUUGAGGUGAUCCACUCCCGAUGGGCCAUGCUUGGUGCAUUAGGUUGUGUCUUCCCUGAAAUCCUUGCAAAGAAUGGUGUCCAGUUUGGUGAAUCAGUUUGGUUCAAGGCUGGUUCUCAGAUCUUCUCUGAGGGUGGUCUUGAUUAUUUGGGCAACCCCAACCUCAUCCAUGCCCAGAGUAUCCUUGCAAUCUGGGCUUGCCAGGUUGUGCUUAUGGGCUUUGUCGAAGGUUACCGGGUUGGUGGCGGUCCCCUCGGUGAAGGACUCGACCCAAUUUACCCUGGAGGUUCCUUCGACCCACUUGGAUUGGCAGAUGACCCAGAUGCAUUUGCUGAGUUGAAGGUGAAGGAACUAAAGAAUGGACGCCUCGCAAUGUUCUCCAUGUUUGGAUUCUUCGUUCAGGCUAUUGUCACGGGAAAAGGUCCGAUUGAGAAUCUCUUAGACCACAUCGCAGAUCCUGUUGCCAACAACGCAUGGGCUUACGCCACCAACUUUGUCCCCGGAAAAUGAAGAAACCUAUAGGAAACAAUUCUCUGUUUUACCAUAAUCUUCUCACAUUUCCUCCAAAUCUCAUGUUGUGGCCUUUAUCAGUGCUGAUGUAAUUUCUCCAGUAGAAACUUCCUGCAAUUAAAUUGUAUCAUUAAAGUUGAGAGUUCCUUGUGC